GUCAGCUGAUUUCGUUUCGCGUUCCUACCGGUGAAGAAACUCUAACUGGCACAGAGCUGACCUAAACAAAUAAAUAAACUCGACACGGCGACUCUUAGAAUCUGCGGCAACGAGGCGCAGUCAGUUCAGUAGAAAGCCAGCGAUGGAUCCCACCAUUUCCGUGUCCAAGGGAUGUUUUGUCUACAAAAAUGGCGCCACGAGAGCCGGCAAGAAGGCGGCUGGGAAGCGGAAGCGUCCUGUCCCAGGAUCAAGCAGCCUCUUGGGUCAGGAGGUGGUCCAGCAGCCCUUCUACGCGGAAUAUCGCAGCGCCUGGAACCAGGUGAACGAUCACAUUGCCGACCUGCAGCAGCGCAGCUAUGCACGCACUCUGGAGCAGCUGGUUGAGUUUGUGGUGAGCCAGGGACAGCGCACCACUCUGGACGAGGUCCUGCCCACCGCCGCCCUGCUGACGGGCAUCAAUCAGCCGGAUCACCUCAGCCAGUUCACGGCACUCACCCAGCGACUCCAUGCGCAGCGGGCUGCCAGGGUCUGUGUCCUGCAGUCGCGGGAUUGCGCCACCCUCAAGGCUGCCGUGGAGUCCCUGGUCUUCGGGCUCGUGGAGGACGAUGCCGAAGUAGAGGAUGUCGAGGAGGACCAGGAUGAGGAUGUGGCGGAGCGGGAUCGCAAGCGUCUUCGUCGCUCGCAAUGCACCAUGAAGCAGCUAAAGUCCUGGUACUCCAACAACUUCGAUUCGGAGCGAAAGCGUCGCCAGCUGGUGGUCAUUUUGCCAGACUUUGAGUGCUUCGGCGCCAGCGUGCUGCAGGAUCUCAUCCUCAUACUGAGCGCCCACUGCGGGACACUGCCAUUCGUCCUGGUCCUGGGAGUGGCCACGGCCAUGACGGCAGUCCACGGAACUCUGCCCUACCACGUCAGCAGCAAGAUUCGCCUGCGUGUCUUCCAGACUCAGGCUGCCCCCAUGGGCUUAAACGAGGUGCUGGAUAGAGUUUUGCUUUCCCCGAAGUACGCCUUUCAUCUCUCUGGCAAGACCUUCAAGUUCCUGACCCACAUAUUCCUCUAUUACGAUUUCUCCAUCCAUGGAUUCAUUCAGGGCUUCAAGUACUGCCUGAUGGAACACUACUUUGGUGGAAAUGCGUUUGCUCUUUGCACGGACUACAGCAAAGCCCUGGGACGCAUCAAGCAGCUGACCCACGAGGACAUGGAGACCAUCCGACGGCUGCCCUCGUUUCGGCCGUAUGUCGAGCAGAUCAACGAUUGCAAGCGCAUCAUAGCCGUGCUCACCGACGACGACUACCUGAAGAAGAAGCUGCCGCAGCUGCUGCGCGACUGCCUGCUCCACUUCCUGCUUUUUCGCAGCUCGCUGGAGUUCCUUACGGAACUGGUGGGCGAUCUGCCGCGCUGCCCUCUGGGAAAGCUGCGUCGCGAGCUGUAUGUCAACUGCCUCAACAGACCGCUCGCCGCGAUGCCGGAGUACAAGGAGUGCCUGCAGAUGCUAAGCUUCUUGUCCAAGGACGAAUUUGUGGCCAAGAUUAACCGCUGUCUGGAGAGAACCGAACAGUUUCUGGCCGAAGAGAUUGCACCGCUGGAACUGGGCGAGGCCUGCACUGCUGUUCUGCAACCGCAGCUAGAAACUAUCCGCCAGUCGGUGAACGAUGUGGUCAAGGCCACCAUGACGACGACUACUGAGUCAUCGCCCAACGAGGACCAUCGUCCAGCUACAGAUAACCUCACCCAUGUAGCCUCGCGACAGGAACUCAAGGAACAGCUUUUACAGCGCAGCAAGGAGGACAAAAGCCGAAAUCAACAGAAUACUCCCACCACUCAGUUCGCAAGGGCCUUGCAGAAAACCCUGCGGCUCAUUGAGACACAAUUCGUCCAGGAUCAUCUGCGUCCGCUGCAGGAGGCGCCACCCAUCCACGAACUGUUCGUGUUCAGCGACAUAGCCACCGUGCGACGAAACAUAAUCGGAGCUCCUCGAGCGGCACUGCACACUGCCCUCAACAAUCCUCACUUUUACAUGCAGUGCAAGUGCUGCGAGCUCCAAGAUCAGUCGCAGCUGGUCGGCACCCUGCCCGAUCUCUCCGUGGUAUACAAGCUGCAUUUGGAGUGCGGGCGCAUGAUAAAUCUCUUCGAUUGGCUGCAGGCCUUUAGAUCGGUUGUGAGUGGCAGCGACAAUGAUGCGGAAGCGGCCCAGGAGCAAAUCGAUCCUCAGAUUCAAGCCCGCUUCACACGAGCCGUUGCCGAAAUGCAGUUUCUGGGUUACAUAAAGAUGUCGAAGCGCAAGACGGAUCAUGCCACUCGAUUAACCUGGUAAUUAAAACCAAAUCCUUUAGCAAAUGUUAUUUUUCUAUUUAUUUGUAUUGGGGAAAAUUUCAUGUGUGGUACGUAAUAAAUAAAAGAUCAAUCGAUUUGUCUACUCUGUUCGAAAUGCA